UUGAAAAUCAUGGCGACUUCCAUUGGGAGUUUACUGGCAGAAAUCGCCGGUGUUGAAGAUCCAAUUGAGGAGCUACAGAGUUUAAAAACAGCUUUGUUGUCGAUCCCUCUCAGCGCGUUGAGAGACUCAGUGAGCGGACAGCGUUUCAACGUCAUCUUCUCUCUGCUGCGCUCCGAUGACAGGGAGCAGGUUGAGCUAUGUGUGGAAAUCCUUGAACGCAUCUUAAUGGCCCUUAGCCCCGUGUCCCUGGCCCAGAACUACAGAGUGGAGCUGCAGGGAGGUCUGACUCAUCCUAAUGAAACGGUUAAGAUACUGGCUGUGAAACAGAUUGGUAGAAUGGUGGAGCACCAAGACGCUGCCACUGAAGUCCUCAACAACCAUGACAUUCUUGGAGCGGUGAUCAACUGCAUCGGAGAAGACCACAUGGCCGUGGCGAAGCAGGCCAUCAAGUCCCUGUCCAAACUGAGUCACUCCAAGCCUGGGUUAGACAUGUUGUUCCAGAGCGACCUGCUGAAAGUUAUGAAGGAUGUGAUGGCCACAAGCGACAUAGUCAGAUACAGAAUAUAUGAGCUGGUGGUGGAAAUCUCAUCUGUGUCUCCCAUUUCCCUCGGUUACUGUGCCAACAGCAGCUUAAUUUCUCAACUGAUUGGAGAACUGACAGGAGAUGAUGUAUUGAUCAGAGCCACAGCCAUCGAGAUGGUGACCACUUUAGCCCACAGUCAGCAUGGCCGACAGUAUUUGGCCCAGCAGGGUAUAAUGGAUCAGUUUUCCAACAUGAUCAGAGGAGCAGAGACUGACUCUUUCUCCUCCCUCUACCUUCCUGGUUUGGUGAAGUUCUUCGGAAACCUGGCCAUUAUGGACAGCCCACAGCAGGUUUGUGAAACCUACCCGGCCUUCCAAAACAAGGUGUUUGAGAUGGCUCUUGACCGGGAUCCUGCAAUGACCGGUGUGGCUAUUGACACUUUAGGACUACUCGGAUCUACUGUGGAGGGCAAGCAGGUCCUUCAAAAAGCAGGAGAAAAGUUCAAGGCUGUGUUGACAAGAAUGAGCCAUCUUGCCAGCUGUGGAGCUACAGAGCUCAGGGUGCGCAGCCUUGACGCUAUAUCACAACUUCUCACGCUACAGCCAGAAGAGCAGACAGAAGACCUCUUGGCCCUCACAGAGUCCUGGUUCCACCUUUUGUCUAACCAGCCCAUGGACAUGAUCCGCAACAUUAGCACUCAGCCGUUCCCAGAGUUGCACUGUGGGGCUAUGCGGAUAUUCACCGCCAUUGCCACUCAGCUGUGGGGUCAGAAGUUAAUGAUCAGCACUCCCAGUUUCAUGGAGUUCGUUUUGGAUCGUUCAAUGGGUCAGACGAAGGAUGCCAAAGAUGCGAAGUUUCAGCUGGUGGGGUCACUUGUUGGUUCAUCAACAGCAGCAGAGAUACUGGGCAGCCAGUAUUACAUUCGUCUGAAGAGUUAUCUCAGAGACGGACCUUACCAUGUUUCAGCUGUGGCCGCAGUCAGCACAGAAGGAGCAGAGUGAUUCAAACAAACUGGGAUACACUUCAUGGGUCUAGUUGGUUGCUUAAGUAAUGGGUAAUUGCCUGAAUAAUCUAGCCUUGGGUUAACAUAUAUAUAUAAUACUUUCCUAUUAAAAAAAAAAUUAUCUGUCAAAUACAUAAAAUGUUCUAAUAUAUCGGGAAGUGGUACACAGUUUACUAAAACCCUAUGAGGUUUUCAACAGAAAUUGACCAAAAUGCUUUUGAAUGUUCAACAGCAGAACUGCAUCAAGAAACAUUAAGUCGUAAAAGUUGAUUUAACUGACAAAGUAUUUGGGAAAAAUUGAGUGCAACUUGCUUUCCCUGAGCCUUAAGGUGCCCUUCAUUUAGGUUAUCCACACACAUGAAUAUAUUUAUCAGGCUUUUAUAGGACACUUGUCUUUCUUUAUAUGACUUCUUGAGUAAAUCAGUAGUUGUAAAUGCAUUUAUCCUCUAUAAAGGGGCAGUAAUUAAAUGUGAGGUUAUGUUUCAAACCAUAAUUCUACCCUAAUUAUAUUUGGAGAAAUUAAUGUGUGCUGAAAAUCCAAACACACAAAAGCAUCAAAGUUUGUGCCAUAAUUGCACAAGCAGAAUCAUCAUUAUGAGAUAAUGGAUACCACUGUGCAUCACAAUAUCUCCAGACCAUAUGACAAGAAGUCAGCAUGGUUCACAUGAUAUGUUAACACAUGUUUAGAUACACAGUCUUUACCAAUUACUUAAGCACUAACUAAAGAGGCUUACAAGAUGUAAACAUUUUCCCUCUGAUGUUUACCAUCCUGGCACUUCUACAAAUUCACAUCAUAUACGGCUCUCCAAAUAAAAUUUUUGUGUAAAAAAUA